CAGUGCCGGGCGAAGCUCGGGGAACCAUUUUGGGGCGCGGGGCCGGAGCGCGGCCGCACAUGGGGGCGCUGGGCCCCGCCCGGGGCGGUGACAUCCGGGCGCCGCGCGGGGCCCCCCGGCUGCCGCGGGGGCUUUGGGCGCCGUCACCGCCCGGCCCGCGGCCCCAGCCCGCCUGUGCUGCGCGGACGCGCCAUGAGCUCCUCCGCGCCCCAUGACGGGCAGAUCCGCCUCCAGCGGGCCGUACUCCUGGAAGGGCGUCUGGUCUGCGUGCUUGCCGGGGAGUAAAACCUGCAAGGGGAAAGAAAUGAGCCGUCAGACCGCUACAGCCCUGCCCACAGGUACCUCCAAGUGCACGCCAUCGCAGAGGGUGCCCGCGCUGACGGGCACCACCGCCUCCAACAAUGACUUGGCCAGUCUCUUUGAGUGUCCCGUGUGCUUUGACUAUGUGCUGCCACCCAUCCUGCAGUGUCAGAGCGGCCACCUGGUCUGUAGCAACUGUCGGCCCAAGCUCACGUGCUGCCCCACCUGCCGCGGCCCGCUGGGCUCCAUCCGGAACCUGGCCAUGGAGAAAGUUGCCAAUUCCGUACUAUUCCCGUGUAAAUACGCCUCUUCCGGCUGCGAGAUAACUUUGCCGCACACGGAAAAAGCAGACCACGAGGAGCUGUGUGAGUUUAGGCCUUACUCCUGUCCCUGUCCCGGUGCUUCGUGUAAAUGGCAAGGCUCUCUGGAUGCUGUAAUGCCGCACCUGAUGCAUCAGCACAAGUCAAUUACGACGCUGCAGGGAGAAGAUAUAGUGUUCCUGGCCACGGACAUUAAUCUUCCUGGUGCUGUUGACUGGGUUAUGAUGCAGUCUUGUUUUGGCUUUCAUUUCAUGCUAGUGUUGGAGAAACAGGAAAAGUAUGAUGGUCACCAGCAGUUCUUUGCAAUUGUACAGCUGAUAGGAACGCGCAAGCAAGCGGAAAACUUUGCUUAUCGACUCGAGCUAAACGGGCAUAGGCGGCGAUUGACUUGGGAAGCAACUCCUCGAUCCAUUCAUGAGGGCAUUGCAACAGCCAUUAUGAAUAGUGACUGUCUAGUCUUUGACACCAGCAUUGCACAGCUCUUUGCAGAAAAUGGCAAUUUAGGCAUCAACGUAACUAUAUCCAUGUGUUGAAAUGGCAAUCAAACCUCUUCAGGCCAGUGUUUAAAACCGUUGCAUUUAAUUUAGCAGAAAUAGGGUAACCAUCUUUGACUGUCAGACAAAUUAUUUGGUAGAUGGAGGGUAGACAUAAAUGAAGGUAAAUAAAAGGAAAGGCUGUUAAAUUACAGGAAGCAGUUGCAUGUAGUAACUAAUAUAUUUAAAAUAAGUCAACAGUAAACCACUGAAAAUAUAUAUACACCCAAAAUGGGCAUCUUUUGUAUUAAGAAUUGAUUCUACAGGAAAUGUUGUAAAAUAAUUCUAAAACUUGUUUGUAGAUUGAUUGUACUGUUGAAAAGGAUACUGUUUCGUGUUUUUGUUUGUGUUUUUUUCCUCCCCUUUGACUGACAAGCCAUGUUGAGCGGUCUGGUCCUGGCCGCUGCUUCCCCUCCUCCUCCCCACCCCCCCUUUGUAAGUCACUACAUAGUAUUGCUGCUGUUUGUGUAUAUUUUUUGUGUAUUUGCUAAUUUUUAUUAACUUCUAGUUUUUCAUUAAAUAAAUAUGACUUUCUUUUCUGUAAUUCAGGUUUUUCUCUUUUUUGUAUCUUUUUAAGAUUAAUUACAGGUGUCAUCUUUUGAUAUGCAUAAUUGCUAUGGUAAAACUUAUAUUUCUGUAUGUUUGGUAAAUUUUGUCUCUUUCCAGUAGUCAAUUCAUUGGUGAUACUGUUCUUAAUUGAGCUAUUUGUGAAUGUACUGAACUCGAAAGGAGUGCUUAUGUUCAAAGAUGUGUCAGGAAAGACAGCUCCUUUAAAAACAGGUCUAGAUGUUGUUGUACUUUGAGUUAUCUUCUAACAAAAAUGAAACAAUUAUUAAGAACUUUCCGAAUUUGAAAAAAAAAAGCAAUUCACAUUUCAAAUUUAGAGAUGGUUAGAAAAUUGAUUGCAUCCUUGUAUUUGCUGGUUUGCAGUACAAAGGAAGUGCUGUAUUACACACUGUUGUAAUGAUAAAAGCAGACCAUUUGUCUAAAAAAAAAGGCAGUCAGAGUGAGAUGUUUUCAGUCUUUUUAUAUUUGUCAUUAAAAGAUUACCUGGCAAAUGAAAAAAAAAAACACAGCCAACUUCUGCUUUUUGCUUUAGCUCAAAGUUUGACACAUUGAUGCUCUUGCUCAGUUUCUUGUCUUCAUGUCUUUUGGUUGUUACUAAAGCAACUGUCUGGAACUGACUUUUGUAUCUCAUUUUGGUGACAUGAUCCACAUGACAAUGCAGAUAAAUCUCUUCCAGGUGUGACUGACCAGCCCUAAAGGCUUUGGAAGGAUACUGGGCUUUAUGCAGACUGCCUGUAUGUGCAAACCUGAACCACGAAUGUAAAUGGGAUUUGUGUUACAAAGCAGACCCAGACAGGAGCAGGGAAAGCUGUUCCACCUCAGCAGGAAGGAACCUUUGUCAGAGCAAGAGGUGGCGGGGAGCUGGUCUGGCUGUUGGCUACUUUUGGAACACAUUAAAAUACAGUUUAUUGACUGUGCACUGGCUUAACUUUCUUAUCAGAAGUUGAUCUGUUAGGACAACUCUUGUUCUUACUGUUUUUGAUGCAUGAUGAGGUAAGUAGUUCUACAGGUAAGGAACAUAAAAUCCAUUGGGUUGGAUUAAUAAAAUACUACAGAAAUAGUUGGCUUCAUGUAGUAAGGUUUCACUCUGAAAAUUUGAUACUUAAGACUGUUUGAACUGUGCACAGAUGUAAUUUAAGAGAUGUACUGGUACCUUGUGACAGUAGAUAAAUGCUUCCAAAACUCCUGCAAUCUAGCAUUUUUUUUCCUUUUUGAAUAUACAGCCAACUGUUUGCAGUUUUCUAAAUUCAGUCAUUAUUCUCACCUAAUUAAGCUUGUCUGUAUUUACCUCCAGUGUGUCUUUAGCAGAACGUUGGCUAAAUACUCUUUAGAGGAGCCCCCAUCUAUCUCCCUUGCCUGCCUGGUGCCUGCCUGGCUGUGCUGAGGGACCGUGGUGGGGAGUGAGUGUGGGCCUGAGAGGGCUGUGCAGGGCUGGUCAGUGCUGAGCUGGGGCUGUGUCAGCCCUGAGCCCUGUGCUGAGCUGCUGGGCUUUCACUGAGCCCCCGGGGGCUGAAGGUCAGGGCUGUGUCCUGGCAGGGCCCUUCAGGAAUGGCUUCAGAAGCUGUGCUCAAACAGGUUUGUUCAUGUUUCACACAGGACAAGAGCUAUAGCAUAACUACUGUAUGCUGACUUACUGUAAUGUAAAUUAGUAUUGCUCCAUUUGGUGUUAAAUAAUUGUGUAAAACCUUUAAUAUCCAUCAUCAGAUGGAAUUAUGAAAUCACCCUUGGGCCCAGAUCCUCAACAGUAUUAAAAGCCUAAAGAGUGAGGAUCUGGUAAGUCAACUACACUGUUAUAUAUGAAAAAAAGAAACCGUACUACAAGUCUGUACAGUUUACUACGUUAUCUAAAAUAAAUGGUGUAUUAAAGCCUGGCAUUGUCUUAACAUUAGCUGUUUAUUUUAGAAAGUGCUGUUUUACUUUGCUGUAUUGGGAGGAGUAUUCAAAUUUGUCUCUAAAAGAUGAAAACCAGUAAAUCUUGCAUUUGUCUGCUAGCACUACCUCCAUGGUUUUUCAUUGCCCUUUUGGAAAAAAAAGGCCUUAAAAUGUUUGACAAAUGUGGAUGUAAAUAUUUUGAUUCUGUUGUGACAGUUCCUGCUAGUUCUUGUUUGCAGUAGUGGUUUAAAAUUAAAGCAGGUGAAUGGUUUUGUA